ACAGAUGAAAUUGUUUGUUGUAGGAUAAAAACCAUAAAAACUCCAUAGCAGGCGAAUAAAUAAUCAUCAUCUUAAAUUAUAUAUGUAUUUUUAACUAACUGAAGAUUUUAUUUUGUGUUUUAAAAUGGAUGUAGCUGAUACACAAGUAGGACAGCUCCGUGUUAAGGAUGAUGUUGGUAUAAGAUGCCAAAAGUUGUUUCAAGAUUUCUUAGAAGAAUUCAAAGAGGAUGGUGAAAUUAAAUAUAUCAAACCAGUUAUGGAUUUAGAAUCUCCAGAUCGGUGUACUUUAGAAGUUAGUUUUGAAGAUGUAGAAAAAUACAAUCAAAAUUUAGCUACUACUAUAAUCGAAGAAUAUUACAGGAUUUAUCCAUAUAUUUGCCAAGCCGUAUCAAACUUCGCAAAAGACAGAAUUGGAUUAAAAAAAGAAAAAGAUUGUUAUAUUUCAUUUGCUGAAGUACCAACUCGACAUAAGGUCCGAGAUAUGACAACAGCUAAAAUUGGUACACUUAUCAGAAUAUCCGGUCAAGUAGUAAGAACUCAUCCAGUACAUCCGGAAUUGGUUUUUGGUACUUUUAUAUGUUUGGAUUGCCAAACGGAAAUUCGUGGAGUUGAACAGCAAUUUAAAUUUACAAAUCCAGCGAUAUGUCGCAAUCCUGUUUGUGCAAAUAGAAGACGUUUUAGUUUAGAUGUUGAAAAAAGUUUGUUUAUUGAUUUCCAAAAAAUUCGAAUACAAGAAACUCAAGCUGAGUUACCACGGGGUUGUAUACCACGUUCAGUUGAAAUAAUUUUACGCGCAGAAUUAGUUGAAACCGUGCAAGCUGGUGAUCGAUAUGACUUCACCGGUACAUUAAUUGUAAUACCUGAUGUUGGAGCGUUAAAUAUGCCAGGUGCUAAAGCUGAACCUGGUGCACGUCAUAAACGGGGUGACCAAAGUGAAGGUAUUCGAGGUUUAAAAGCGUUAGGUGUAAGAGAUUUAAACUACAGAAUGGCAUUUUUGGCGUGUAGCGUUCAUGUUACAACGUCAAGAUUUGGUGGAACUGAUUUGCCUAUGAACGAGGUAACAGCUGAAGAUAUGAAAAAACAAAUGACAGAUGCCGAAUGGAAUAGAGUUUAUGAAAUGUCAAGAGAUAAAAAUUUGUACCAAAAUUUAAUUGUUAGCUUGUUUCCAUCAAUAUAUGGGAAUGAUGAAGUAAAGCGUGGAAUUUUACUACAAUUAUUUGGUGGAGUUGGAAAAACUACUCUUGAAAAAACCACUUUACGAGGUGAUAUUAAUGUUUGCAUUGUUGGAGAUCCUAGUACUGCUAAAUCACAAUUCUUGAAACAGGUUGCAGACUUUUCACCUAGAGCAGUGUAUACUUCUGGAAAAGCAUCAUCUGCGGCGGGGUUAACAGCUGCUGUUGUUCGGGAUGAAGAAAGUUUUGAUUUCGUAAUAGAGGCUGGUGCCUUAAUGUUAGCUGAUAAUGGUAUUUGUUGUAUUGAUGAAUUUGAUAAAAUGGACCCCCGUGAUCAAGUUGCUAUACAUGAAGCUAUGGAACAACAAACAAUUUCAAUAGCUAAAGCCGGUGUACGAGCCACAUUAAACGCAAGAACAUCAAUUCUGGCAGCUGCAAACCCUAUAAAUGGUAGAUACGAUAGAUCAAAAUCCCUUCAACAGAAUAUUCAGUUAUCAGCACCAAUUAUGUCAAGAUUUGAUUUAUUCUUUAUUUUGGUAGAUGAGUGUAAUGAAGUUGUAGAUUACGCAAUUGCUCGUAAAAUUGUUGAUUUACAUUCAAAUAACGAAGAUACUGUUGAAAGAUUUUAUUCGCGGGAGGAAGUUUUGAGAUACAUAACAUUUGCUAGGCAAUUCAAACCAGUUAUAAAUGAACAAGCUUUAAAAUUAUUGGUAGAAAAUUAUGUUCAUUUGAGACAACGUGACACUGGAACAUCCGGACGUAGCACAUGGCGAAUAACCGUUAGACAAUUGGAAAGUAUGAUUCGUUUAAGUGAAGCUAUGGCUAAAAUGGAAUGUGCUAAUGAGGUAUCUGAAAAGCAUGUAAAAGAAGCUUUCAGGUUGUUGAAUAAAUCAAUAAUUCGGGUUGAACAACCUGACAUACAUUUGGAAGAUGAUGAGAUUGAUGAGGAAUUAGAAAAUAUGGAUAUUGACGAGCCUGAAAAUUCUGAGGAUAUCGAAAACCGACCACAAAAUGGGCAAAAUGGAUAUGAUGAAAUGCAAGGUUUGCAAAAGAAAAAACUCACAUUAAGUUUUGAAGAUUAUAAAAAUUUAUCAAACAUGUUGGUUAUUCAUAUGCGAAACGAAGAAAGUCGUUGUGAAAUCGAUGGAUUUGAUAGUGGUAUAAGGAGAAAUGAUGUAAUAAACUGGUAUCUGGAACAAGUUUCCGAUCAAAUUGACACAGAAGAAGAACUAAUUUCAAGGAAAACUUUAAUCGAAAAAGUUAUAGAUCGUCUUAUUUACCAUGAUCAAGUAAUAAUUCCUCUAAAAACGACAGGUUUAAAAUCACAAACAAAAGCUUCAACUGAAAGCACAGAAGAAGAGGAAGAAGAUCCUUUAUUGGUAGUUCACCCUAAUUAUAUCGUAGAAUAAGAAUUUAUGAAUUUAAAAUCUAUAAAGUUCAAUUUUUUUUUAUAAAGUUAAGAAGUUUUUAUUUUAUACCAAUACAGUACAAUAAAAAGUUUGUAAAAGUU